CAGUGAGUUUGCCUAUCAACGCAGAAGCGGCGUACGCAUAGCAAUAAUGGCUGAUUCUCAUGUCAUGGCUCAUCAGCGCUGUCAGGAGAAGACACCCGUCCAGAUCCUGCACGAGUAUGGCAUUAAAAUCGGCCGCGCGCCCGUGUACGCGCUCCUCCAGUCUGACGGAGACGCGCACCAGCAAUCCUUCAUCUUCAGUGUCACCAUAGGAGAAAUCACAUGCAAAGGUCGGGGAGCCACUAAAAAGGCUGCAAAGCAUGAAGCUGCAGAAGCCGCAUUGAAGUUAUUGAAACGAGACACCCGGCCAAAUGAUCAGAGAGAUGGUGUUUCUCCUGAAGCCGGAGACGCAUCCAAUCCUGUAGGAGUCCUGCAGGAGCUGGCCAUGCAGAGAGUCUGGUGUCUGCCGGAGUAUGUGGUGUCUUUGGAGACCGGGCCGGAUCACAUGAAGGAGUUCACUGUUACCUGUCGUCUGGAAGGCCUGGAGGAGUCAGGCACCGGCAGCUCCAAAAAGCAGGCCAGACGAGCAGCAGCCGAACGCAUGCUGGGGAAACUACAGAGUCUGUCCGGAUCGCCCGAGAUCACAUGGAGCCCUCCGUCUCGUGUGUAUGUGGAAAGCUUACGGCAGGCCACAGGGGAGAAGAUGUCCCUCCUGAGGAGGACGCCGCUCAGCAUCCCAAACACAGACUACAUUCAGAUGCUGCUGGAGAUCUCACUGGAGCUGGGCUUUCAGGUCACAUACAUAGACAUCGAUGAGCUGACAGUGAACGGCCAGUACCAGUGUUUGGUGGAGCUGUCCACCCGGCCGGUGACGGUGUGCCACGGGACAGGGAUGACCAGCAGUAACGCCCACAACACCGCAGCACAUAACGCCCUGCAGUACAUCAGGAUGGUCGCUAGUAAACUCUAACAGCAGGUCUGGGAUCAGUGUGCACAUGAUUUCUGACCUGCACAUCCUGACCCCGAGCCUGUUUCACACAGCACACACAAAACACAUACUGACCGAGACCCGACUCGCUGAUGAAAAUAAAUGAAUUUCUGGAUCACAA